AUGUACGAAUUCUACACAAACACCACAGGUGAACAAAAAGAUGAGGCACGUGAUAUCAUUGAAUCUGGGUGUAGACAUUUCAUCGCCCAUAUGUUCGGUGAUGAUAAUGCAGAGGAGUUAGAAGAGCUGCGACUUUCCAACACGGUGUCACGACAACAUCUAGCAGCCCGACUAGCUGUAUUAGCAAGCGAAGUGUCUAACGAGGUCGACCGCAAACGAGCCGAAGGUUCUUUGUCAAUAUGCAGCCGUAUAUACUUGGCGUACGAUGGUUCUUGUGAGUGUCAUGGACACGCGAGCUCAUGUGAUCCCUUGUGGCAUCAGUGCUUGAACUGUACUGACAACACCUACGGGGUACAAUGUGAACUAUGCAUGGAAUCCUUCACUGGAAAUCCACUCGAGGGAGGUUGUACAUCUAUUGAAGGCGAAGAGACGUCCUGUACGUGCAACAAUCAUUCUGAACACUGCGAUUCUGACGGCAAAUGUCAGUCUUGCCUCCACAAUACCACCGGCGACAGUUGUGAACGAUGUGCACCAGGAUUCUAUGGCGAUGCGACAACUGGUACACGUGACGAUUGCUCUAUAUGUCCAUGCCCAGAUGGAGGAGAUUGCUUUAUAAAUGGGCAAAACCUUGUCGAAUGUGCCAAAUGUCCGGAUGGAAAGCAAGGAAUCACCUGUGAAGAAGACAUUACAGCACACAAAGAGGAGACCACGACAAAACAUCCGAAGGAAGAAAAGACAGAGGAGAAAAAAGAAUCGAGCAAGACCGAGGAGAAAGUUGAAGAGAAGCCGAGUGACGAGGAACGACAAGAAAUCGAAAGUAGCACUGUUAAUAGUACUGUAAGUGACAAUAGCGUGACAGAGGCAGUAGCUGAAGAAAAAAGUUAA